AUGACUAUUUCCGACGAAGAAAUACUUGUAUCUCGACCUCCACAAUUUCAACAAAGAAAAUCUCCAUCUCAACCUAUUCGUAUUGAAUGUCGAGCUGAAGAACGACAUUUUAUAAAUUCUACUCCAUUGAAAAUAAGUGGUUCUUCAAAACCAAUUCGUUAUACAACGAAUGAUUCAAAUGAACCAGGACAAUAUCGUUCUGAAAUAGUCGUUCAUAAUAAUCCUGCUGUGAAUUUAUAUAUAAAAAAACUUCGUGUUGGUUUUCAUACACAUGAUGAUUUAGCAUUGAAUAAUACAAGAUCUCCACGUCCAGCAGCACGUCAUCAUUCAAUAAAUGGUUUAUCAGAUGAAAAUCAACGUCAAAAAUCAGGAAAAUAUCGAUCAAUUUCAUUACCAAGAUCAAAUUCUCAAGCAAUGUUACAUCAAUGGAUUGAUGAUAUUUGUUCCCAUGAAAAAUUAUUGGCUAACGAUGAUAUUUGUUUUUUUCUUAAAAAUGGUGAAUUUCUUGCUAGAAUCUAA